GUCAUUUUUGCUUUUGAAACUUUCUCCUGCAAAACUCCCUCACUUUCCUCUCUGGAAAAUGAAGCUAAAGCAAUGGACUAUAGCUGCAACAAUCUGCAGCAUUCUCCUCCAAAUCUACCCAACAUUAUCCGAGAAGAUCACGAGCUUACCGGGACAGCCCCCGGUGAGUUUCCAGCAGUACUCGGGUUACAUCACCGUCGAUGAGAAGCAGCACAGAGCUCUCUUCUACUACUUUGCUGAGGCAGAAACAAGCCCCACUUCGAAGCCUCUCGUCCUCUGGCUGAAUGGAGGACCAGGAUGUUCAUCUGUCGGGGCUGGAGCAUUCUCCGAGCACGGGCCCUUCAAGCCCAAAGGAGACAAUCUUCUUAAGAAUGAGUAUAGCUGGAACAAAGAAGCAAACAUGCUGUAUUUGGAAUCCCCUGCCGGAGUCGGCUUCUCGUACUCAGCGAACACAACUUUCUACAAACUCAUCAAUGACAAGAUUACAGCGUGGGAUAAUCUUGUGUUCCUCGAGAACUGGUUAAAGAAGUUCCCGCAGUACAAGAGCCAAGAUCUGUACAUUGCAGGGGAGAGCUACGCAGGACAUUAUGUUCCACAACUUGCACAGCUCGUGGUUCAGUCCAAGAAGUUCAACGUGAAGGGAAUAGCCAUUGGGAAUCCUCUUCUGGAGUUCAACAUCGACCUCAAUUCCCGGGCCAUGUACUUGUGGUCCCAUGGGCUGAUCUCAGACUCGACCUAUGAGAAGUUCACCUUCGUGUGCAACUUCUCAACCAUCCAAAGGCAAGCGGGGAGUGGCACCCUCACUCCGGUUUGCCAGAGUGUGAAUAACAUUGCUGGAAGAGAAGUCGGCAACUUGAUCAACGCAUAUGACAUCACCCUCGACGUCUGCUUGUCCUCCGCUGCUUCUCAGUCUAUUAAGCUGAAUCAACUCCAAGAUACCGAGGAGAUAGAUGUCUGCGUAGAGGAUGAGACAUUCAAGUACUUGAACAGGAAAGAUGUGCAGGCAGCUUUUCAUGCUCGGCUGGUCGGUGUCACAAGAUGGUCCAUUUGCAGCAAGGUGCUCCACUAUGACUACCAAAAUCUCGAAGUGCCCAUGAUUCCGGUGUUGUCCAAGCUCGUAAAGUCUGGGAUACGGGUCCUAGUCUACAGUGGAGAUCAAGACUCCGUGGUUCCACUCACCGGAACACGAACAAUCGUGAAUGUCCUGGCAAAGAAACUGGGACUGAACAUGUCUGGACAGUAUAGAGCUUGGUACGAGGGAAGACAGGUUGGUGGAUGGAUACAAGAUUACGGGAGACAUUUGUCGUUCGCGACCAUAAGAGGGGCAUCGCAUCAAGCUCCAUUUUCACAGCCAGAGAGAUCGCUCGUGCUCUUCGCAUCCUUCGUCCGAGGGAAGCCCUUGCCUGCAGCCCUCUCCUCCUCCACCUCUGAUGACCAAACUCCAUAAACAAUAGAUCCAAUAAACUCCCCUGCCCCGGUUGAUUCUGCCUCACAGGAAUGAGAAGAGAAUGUUCCUGUUGGAAGAGUGGAUCAAUCACUUGUGUUGUAUGCAAGUAUGUUAGUCGAAGUCAGUUGUUUUCUCUUAGACAGUUAAGUGUAUGUUUUAUUUGAAUUUAAAUUGUAACUGGCCGUAGGGGAGUUACUUGCAGUUAUCAUGUCUUUAUAUGUAUGGGAUGUUUCAGACAAUAAGAAGUUCCUGUCGAUGAAUGAUAGUUAAGCGUUCA